GGAGCCUGCUGGGCAGUGGCUGGAGCUGGAGGCUCAGGAGGGGCUUGGAGGAGCAGCAGUAUGAGAGAGAAGCUUAGGCUGGGUCCAAGGACCAGCUCAAUGCAGCCACUGAACAAUCAGCCUCUUGGCUCUCCUGGGCUCAAGGGGCCACUGGACUCUAAGCAGCAGGUGCAGGUGAAGGGGCUGUGAGUGGUUCAAGGAGAGCAGACACAGGAGUAGAGGAGAGAAGAAAGACAGAGACUGCUGCAGAGAGAUAGAAACACAGAAACACACACACAUCAGGGGAAGGGCGGUACACUCAGAGAGUCUCGUGGGGAGGAGUUUAACAGGGAAAGAUAGAGAAGGAGGCAGAGGAGACCCUGAGACAGCAGAGGAGUGAAACAAAUAAAGAGACAGUCCUGGGAAGGGAGGAAAACAGAGAAGGGGGAGAGGAAGAAGGAGGGGAGGAGAAAGAGCAAGAGGAAGAGGAGGAAGAGGAGACAGAGACACACAAUGAAGGGCCCACAGACAGACCGUGGCAGAUGUAGGUGGCAGAUAAUGGACACUGUGGCAGCCAUGGCCAGAGGCAGUGGUACGGCCCUGAGGACCCCCUUCAGAGCUCCCCUGCUGUUCGUGGGGCUGCUGAUCACAGGCCUGAUCCAGUUGCCAGUCUCCACCUCAGUCCCUCGAGGGUUCUGGGCCCUACCUGAAAACCUGACAGCCGUGGAAGGGGCCAGGGUGGAGCUGAAGUGUGGCGUCAGCGCACCUGGCAGUGUUGUACAGUGGGCCAAGGAUGGCCUGCUGUUGGGCCCCAACCCAGGGAUCCCAGGUUUCCCGAGAUACCACAUGGAAGGAGAUCCUGCUCGAGGUGAAUUCCAUCUGUGCAUUGAAGCAUGUGACCUCAGCGAUGACGCAGAAUAUGAGUGCCAGGUUGGCCGCUCAGAGACAGGCCCUGAACUCGUGUCUCCCAGAGUGAGCCUCUCCAUCCUGGUUCCCCCCAAGGUGCUUCAGCUGACCCCUGAGGCAGGGACCACAGUCACCUGGGUAGCUGGGCAGGAAUAUAUGGUCAGCUGUGUAUCUGGGGAUGCAAAGCCAGCACCUGACAUCACCUUCCUCCAGAGUGGACAAACAAUAUCCAGCAUCUCUGUCGAUGUGAAUGAAGGGUCCCAGGAGAAGCUCUUCAGCAUAGAGGCCACAGCCAGGGUGAUACCCCAGAGCUCGGAUAAUGGGCAAUUACUAGUCUGUGAGGGAUCCAGCCCAGCUUUGGUCAGCCCCAUCAAAGCCUCAAUCACCAUGAAUGUUCUGUUUCCCCCAGGACCUCCUAUCAUCGAGUGGCCAGGCCUAAAUGAGGGGCUCGUUAGGGCAGGGCAGAACUUGGAGCUGCCAUGCACAGCCCGAGGGGGAAACCCACCAGCCACACUGCAGUGGCUGAAGAAUGGCCGGCCUGUGCACAUAGCAUGGGGCACAGAGCAUGCGCAUGCCACCGCCCGAAGUGUACUCACAAUGACCGUUCGGCCAGAAGACCACGGAGCCAAAAUCAGCUGUGAAGCCUACAACAGUGUAUCUGCAGGGACCCAGGAACGAAGUGUCACACUGCAGGUCUCCUUUCCUCCCAGUGCCAUAACCAUCUUGGGAUCUGCAUCACAGUCUGAGAACAAGAAUGUGACUCUCUGCUGCCUCACGAAGUCCAGUCGCCCGAGGGUCCUGCUGCGAUGGUGGCUGGGUGGGCGGCAGCUGCAGCCCGCGGAGGAGACAGUCAUGGAUGGCCUGCAUGGUGGUCACAUCUCCAUGUCCAAUCUGACCUUGCUGGUGCGCCGGGAAGACAAUGGCCUGACCCUUACCUGUGAGGCCUUCAGUGAGGCCUUCACCAAGGAGACCUUCAAGAAGUCUCUCACCUUGAAUGUGAAAUAUCCUGCCCAGAAGCUAUGGAUUGAGGGACCCCAAGAAGGGCAGCACCUCCGGACUGGGACCCGCGUGAAGCUGGUGUGUUUGGCCAUUGGGGGCAACCCAGACCCCUCCCUCAUCUGGUACAAGGACGCACGCCCGGUGAUGGAGCCGCGGCCGCCCCAGGAGCCAAGGCGGGUGCAGCUGGGAAAUCUGGAGAAGUCCGGGAGCACCUUCUCCCGCGAGCUGGUGCUGGUCCUAGGCCCGCCGGACAACAAGGCCAAGUUCUCGUGCAAGGCGGGCCAGCUGAGCGCGUCCACGCAGAUCGUGGUGCUGUUUCCCCCAACUAACUUGACGAUCCUGGCCAACGCGUCGGCGCUGCGUCCAGGCGACGCCUUAAAUUUAACGUGCGUCAGUGUGAGCAGCAACCCGCCUGUCAACUUGUCCUGGGACAAGGAGGGGCAGAGGCUGGAAGACAUGGCCGCACCGCCCCAGAGCGCCCCGUUCAGAGGCUCUGCUGCAUCCAGGAGCGUUUUUCUUCGGGUGUCAUCCCGCGAUCACGGCCACCGCGUGACCUGCCAAGCCCACAGCACCGAGCUCCGCGAAACCGUGAGCUCCUUCUACCGCUUCAACGUGCUAUACCCUCCCGAGUUCCUGGGGGAGCAAGUGCUAGUGGUGACAGCGGUGGAGCAGGGUGAGGCACUGCUGCCUGUGUCUGUGUCUGCUAACCCCGCACCUGAGGCCUUCAACUGGACCUUCCGUGGCUAUCGCCUCAGCCCAGCUGGUGGUCCCCGGCAUCGCAUCCUGUCCAAUGGGGCUCUGCAGCUGUGGAAUGUAACCCGUUCUGAUGAUGGCUUCUAUCAGCUGCAUUGCCAGAACUCGGAGGGCACCGCAGAAGCACUGGUGCGGCUGGAUGUGCAUUAUGCUCCUACCAUCCGUGCACUCCAGGACCCUACUGAAGUGGAUGUUGGGGGUUCUGUGGACAUUGUUUGCACCGCUGAUGCCAAUCCCAUCCUCCCAGACAUGUUCAACUGGGAGAGGCUGGAUGAAGAUGAGGAGGACCAGAGCCUGGAUGACAUGGAGAAGACGUCAAAGGGGUCCACAGGGCGCCUGCGGAUUCGCCAUGCCGAACUGGCCCAGGCGGGUGCUUACCAGUGCAUUGUGGACAAUGGAGUGGCACCUCCGGCCCGAGGGCUGGUUCGUCUUGUUGUCAGAUUUGCCCCCCAGGUGGAGCAUCCCACUCCCCUAACUAAAGUGGCUGCAGCUGGGGACAGCACCAGUUCUGCCACCCUCCACUGCCGUGCCCGUGGUGUGCCCAACAUUGUCUUCACUUGGACCAAAAAUGGAGUCCCUCUGGAUCUCCAAGAUCUCAGGUACACUGAGCACACAUACCACCAGGGUGGAGUUCAUAGCAGUCUCCUGACCAUUGCCAACGUGUCUGCAGCCCAGGAUUAUGCCCUCUUCACAUGCACAGCCACCAACCCCCUUGGCUCGGACCACACCAACAUCCAGCUCGUCAGCAUUAGCCGCCCUGACCCACCGCUGGGAUUGAAGGUUGUGAGCCUGACUCCCCACUCAGUGGGCCUGGAGUGGAGGCAUGGUUUUGACGGGGGGUUGCCACAGAGGUUCCACAUCAGGUAUGAGGCCCUGGAGACUCCUGGGUUUCUCUACGUGGAUGUCCUACCACCCCAGGCCACCACCUUCACGCUAACUGGGCUGCAGCCUUCCACGCGAUACAGGGUCUGGCUGCUGGCCAGCAAUGCCAUGGGAGACAGUGGGUUAACUCACAAGGAGAUCCAACUGUCUAUCACUACCCCAGCCCUGGACCAGCCUUCCAGAGAGCCUUAUGACCAGCCUCCUACGCAGCAACCUGCAGAAUCCCCAGGACUGCCCCUCCUGCCUGUGAUGUUUGCAGUCGGGGGUCUUUUGCUGCUUUCCAAUGCCUCAUGUGUUGUGGGAUUCCUCUGGUGGCGAAGACAGAGGCAUCUCGCUGAGGGUAUCUCAGAGAAGACAGAGGCAGGGUCAGAGGAGGAGGACCGAGUCAGGAAUGAAUAUGAGGAGAGCCACUGGACUGGGGACCAGGACACUCGAAGCUCCACAGUUAGCACGAUAGAAGUAGAGCCACAUUACCACUCCUUGAGGGACUUCAGCCCCCAGCUGCCCCCCACACUGGAGGAAGUGGCUUAUACCCGAGGUCUUAAACAGGAGGACGUGGCUUUUCCUGGGCACCUGUAUGAUGAGGUGGAGAGAAUAUAUGCCCCACCAGGGGCCUGGGGACCCCUUUAUGGUGAAGUGCAGAUGGGCCCCUAUGACGUUUGCUGGCCUGAGGACAAGUAUGAUGAUCCAGGAAGAAUCUAUGACCAGGUGGCAGGAGAUCUGGGCACUAUGGAAGAUUCUCUUCCCUUUGAGCUAAGGGGUGAUCUGGUGUGACGGCCUUCUCAGCAGUGCUUUCUUGCACCUACAGGACAUAAUACUCUAAUGGUCCUUUUCAUUCCAGCCUGGCUGAGCCUGUGAAGUGAGCUGCAUAGGAUACAAAGUGAAUAGAUUUUUUUCUGGAGAGGCCAUGGGGGAAAUGUGUGUAAAUGACAGAAGAUAAUUCAACCUGGUGUCAGAGUAUAAACAAGGUUCUUCCUGGGUUUGGCUUUAAGAACUAAACUUCUCCAAAGUGACAGGGUAACUUGCAAAUGGCAUCUCAACAACAAAACUUUGAGCCAGGUAUUGUGGCACAAACCUGUAAUCCCAGCACUCUGGAAGACUGAGACAGGAGGAUAGCAAGUUUGAGUCCAGCCUGGGCAGUUUAGGGACUUAGAGAGAAACCUGUCUGAACUUGGGGGGGUUGGGGUUGGGGUUGGGAGUGUAGCUCAGUGUGAAGGCCAUGGGUUCAAUCCCCAGCACCAUGAUAGAACAAAAAACACAAACGAAAUUCAGUCCUUUUUGAGUUUGAUUACAUUUGAAAUAGCUAAUGGUUAUAUCCUGCCUAUUUUUAUUUUGUUAUUUUUUAUAGUAUCUAAAACACCCUAUAUAAACUCUGACACAUGUAAACAUAAACUAUUAAAAGAAGGUAGAUGCAAAAAAA